UAAAUGGCAGGAGUAGUUAGUCCCUCAGAUAAUGAACACCAGGUGUUCGACAGAAUGUCAAUGCUAAAAGCCUUCGACGAAACAAAAGCCGGCGUCAAAGGCCUAACCGAUUCCGGACUGCUCCAAAUUCCCAAGAUUUUUGUGAGGCCACCCGAUGAACUAGCUGAGGAAUUAACAUACAAAAAGACUCAACUUCAAGUUCCGGUGAUUGAUCUGAGCGAAAUCGAUGAUUCGGAAAGGCGAAAGAAGAUUGUCGAAGAAGCGAGAAUUGCAUCGGAAACGUGGGGGUUUUUCCAGGUUGUGAAUCAUGGGAUUCCUCAAACGGUUCUUGAUGGGAUGAUCGACGGAGUCCGCCAUUUUAACGAGCAAAAUAUCGAGGAGAAGAAGAAGUAUUACUCGCGAGAUAACACGAGACGAGUGAGAUUUAAUAGCAGCUAUGAUUUGUUUACAUCAAGAACUGCUAGCUGGAGGGAUUCUUUGACCAUUUCCUUCUCUGGCCUUGAUCCCAUUGAUCAAGAUGAAUUGCCUCCUUCUUGCAGGGAACCGGCUUUGGAAUAUUCCAAACACGUCGAAAAUUUGGGAAAUACUCUGCUCGAGAUAUUAUCCGAGGCACUGGGGCUCGAAACGGAUCGCCUGAAAAACAUGGAAUGCUCCGAUGGACACCGCCUCCACUGUCACUACUAUCCGAAGUGCCCCGAGCCCGAACUAGCUAUCGGGACGGGCAAACAUUCCGAUGCCGGAUUCCUCACAAUUCUUCUACAAGACGAAGUUGUCAACGGCCUCCAAGUAUUGUAUCAAGAUCAAUGGGUUGACAUUCAACCUAUUCGAGGAGGUUUAGUAAUAAACAUUGGUGAUCUUCUCCAGUUGGUAUCGAACGGGAGAUUCAGAAGCAACGAGCACAGAGCAAUAACUAGCUACGUCGGACCGAGAAUAUCCGUGGCAUGUUUUUUCUCGGGAAAUAUAAAUAAUUCGAAUAAGAUUUACGGCCCCAUAAAAGAGAUGAUAUCACAAGAAAAUCCGGCAAUUUACAGAGAUAUUAUGUUGGGUGAAUAUGUUUCCAGAUUCCUCGAAGCUGCACUGGACAAUUAUCGUGGUCUCGAUUAUUACAAGGUGUGAAGAUUAACUGUAAGUGGUGAAUAAAAUCAUUCAUUGAGACU